AUGCCCACUAAAGCGCCUUUGAAAGUUGGAAAAAAGAAAGUAAAGCUUGCUGAUAAGAAGAAAAGAGCUAUUGUUGAGGAGCAAGAGAGUGAGAACUUAGAGGAUGAUGCUGAUCUCCUCAACAUGGAUCAAAACAAUGCAAUGGGAGGCAUUGAUUAGGAACAACUGACAGCUGAAGAGAAGGAAGAUCAAGUCAUUAAAACUUUGAACUCCAAUAAUCCACAAGCCCCACAUAAUUUGACCAAGUUUUCAUAUAAGGAUCGUAUGUUUAAAACUGAUGAUAUGGUUGAACAAAUGGUCUUCCAUUUCCAAUUCGAUGGAGAUAUUAUUCUCAAGGAUAGUGAUGAAGCUCACGAUCAAGAGGAGUUCUGGGACAAUAAAAAGAGAACUAAUCAAGGUCUCUUAGAUAAGAUUAAUGUUGCCAUUAAGGAGGAGUUCGGAAAGGAUCCAUUGGAGGGUAAUGAAAAAGCUCAAAAGAAAUCAUUGAGAAAUUAGUUCAACUUCUAGGAGAGAGCUGCUUAAACCUUCAAUCUACCUUUGAGAGAGAAGGGUAUUAAGACAGACCCCCCUCAAUGUUCAGUUUUCUCACUUGAGACAACUCAGUGGAUGAUUUUCGAUGCUUACUUGACUAAUUGGGAGGAAAUCCAAAGAGCUGAUUUUGAGGAGCAAUAAAAGGGUAAAUCAAAGGAUAAGAAGCCAGUAUAACAAUAGCAACAACAUGCUGAGGACCCACUUUAUAGUACUUCAAUGAAGAGAGCCCUUAAGAUCAUGGAGAGAAUGAUUGUUCAAAACGCUGACGAAGAGAAGUUUGAGGACUAUAAGUAUUAUGAGGAUACCACUGAGGACCCUGAAAGCCACAACUAUGGUUCAGUUUUGCCACUUUGGCGUUUCUCUACAGAGAAGAGUAGAAGAAAGCAUGUCACCUCUAUCUGCUGGAAUCCAAGAUACAAGGAUAUCUUCGCAGUUGGCUAUGGUUCAUAUGACUUUUUGAAAUAAAAUACUGGUUUGAUAUGCUGUUACACAAUUAAGAAUCCCACAUGGCCUGAGUACUCUUACACUACUGAGUCUGGAGUUAUGUGCCUCGACUACCAUCCUAAAUAUCCAGCAUUGCUUGCUGUAGGAUGUUAUGAUGGUACAGUCAUGGUCUUUGAUAUUAGACUGAAAGGAAACAAUAAGCCUAUUUAUCAGUCAACUGUGAGAACUAACAAGCAUACUGACCCAGUGUGGUAAGUUAGAUGGUAAGCCGAAGAUGCUACUAAGCAACUAAGUUUCUACUCUAUUUCAUCAGAUGGUAGAGUAACAAGCUGGAACUUAAUGAAGAACAAGCUUGAACCUGAGGAAGUAAUCAAGCUCAAGCUUGUUAUUGAUCAAGAUAAGGAACUCGUAGAAAACAAAAAGGAGGCCUUUUUAUAUGGUCUUGCUGGUGGUAUGUGUUUCGAUUUCAAUAAGUUCAAUGAUCAUCUUUUCUUGGUUGGUACUGAAGAGGGUAAGAUUCACUUAUGUUCAAAGGCAUACUCUGGUUAAUAUCUUGAGACUUAUGAAGGUCAUUAUCUUGCAGUAUAUGCUGUCAAGUGGAAUCAUUUCCAUCCAAGAGUAUUCAUCUCUUGUAGUGCUGAUUGGACCAUUAAGAUGUGGGAUCAACAAAUCAAGAGACCAAUAAUGACAUUCGAUCUUGGAUGCGCUGUCGGUGACAUUGAGUGGGCACCAUACUCUUCAACAGUUUUCGCUGCAGUAACAUCUGCUGGUAAUCUCUAUGUUUAUGAUCUUAAGCAAGAGAAGCAUCAUCACUUGUGUGAGCACCCAGCUAUGAAGAAAGCUAAGGCUCUUCACGUUUCAUUCAACUGGGAAGAUCCUAUUAUUUUGGUUGGAGACGAGAGAGGUGGUGUUAACUCCUUCAAACUUUCAAAGUCACUCACAAAGGGACCACUUCAACCUGCCAAGGAAGAUGACAAAUCAACACCAUAGUAGUUGGAGCAAAAGAAAAUGGAAGAUUUCCUCAAUGCCCAAGAUAAGGAAGUAUAUUGA